AAAAUUCCUCCCCCACACGGCCACACCACGCCUUCCCCACACGCACGCUUGCUCCAGUUCCCGGGGGGACGCAACCGCCGCUGGCCACUCACCCGGCAGCCGACGCCCCGCGCGCGCGCCCAAAAAUGGCUGCGUCGCUCCGGUCGCCGCUGCCCUUCCCGGCCACCUUCCGCCGCUGCCGCGCCGUCGUGCGCGCCUCCUCCUCCUCCUCCUCGUCCUCCUCCCCCGCCGUGUCGUCCUCCCCCAAGGCGCGCUUCGUCGCCCGCCGCUCCGAGUCCACCUCCGUCCAGCAGCUCGCCCGCCCGCUCGCGGAGUAUAUGAGCUUGCCGGCGAGUCAGUACUCGGUGCUCGACGCGGAGCGCAUCGAGCGCGUCGAUGAAUCCACCUUCCGCUGCUACGUCUACCGCUUCCGCUUCUUCGCGCUCGAGGUCUGCCCCGUGCUCCUUGUUCGCGUCGACGAGGAGCCCAACGGCUGCUGUAUUAGCCUCCUCUCCUGCAAGCUCGAGGGAUCACCACUUGUGGAGGCGCAGAAUGACAAGUUUUCAGCUUCCAUGGUGAAUAGGGUGUUCUGCAACAGUAGCAUGAAUGAUUCAACAUUUCAACAGCUUACAUCGGAUACUACAAUUGAGGUUACAAUUGAUAUACCCUUCCCAUUCCAAUCAUUACCAGUUGAAGCGAUUGAAUCAAGUGGCAGGCAAGUUCUUGGGCAGCUACUCCGAGUCAUGCUUCCACGAUUUUUGAAGCAGCUUGUUAAGGACUACCAAGCAUGGGCUUCGGGUGAUUCUUCAAGGAAGCCACUUGGCACCGGUGAAAUAUGAAGCCAUGCAGUAUCACCAUUAGGCAUGAUAGUUUUUUUUCCUGUUGAAUUAGUUAUUGCUUGAUGGGGUAUAGAAAAGCUGUUUAUACGUCAUCCAUUUUGCUCAUAAAUCCAUUUGCUUCUUUGUGGUCUUUGCCUGAAGAUGUUCAGUGGAGUUGUGCUUAUGGAUUUAUGCCAAGCGACUAGUCACAUACAUCUGUAGGUUGUUCAUUUACACUCUUCUGUGUCCCUACACCCAACUCAUAACAAAUUAUGGUCCUGUGAUGUAAGGAUUGUAUAUGCAAGGUAGGGGUCAGGUAUGGUUAUCUGGUACCGAGCAAUAUGCGCUGGAAAUUUUUUUAUUUUUUAAAA